GAAGAACUUAAAUGAGGAAGAUGGCAACGUCUCCCUGGAACGGUUUCUGCAGUGAGGCCACUUCUAUAUCCUAAAGGGUAAACAUUCACAGGAAAAAAUAGACAUUUACUGGUAGUCCUCGAUUUACGGACCAAAACUUAUGUUGCUAAGUGAGAAAUUUGUCAAGUGAUUUUUGUCCCAUUUUACAACCUUUCUUGCCACCGUUGUUAAAUGAAUCACUGCAGUUGUAAAGUGAGUAACCCGGUUGUUAAGUGAAUCCGGCUUCCCCAUUGAUAUUGCUUGUCAGGAAAAGGUCGCAAAAGAGGAUCACACGACCCCCGGGACGCUGUAACAGUCAUAAAUACGAGUCAAUUACCAAGAGUCUGAAUUUUGAUCACGUGACGCUGGAGAUGCUGCAAUGGUCACAAGUGUGAAGAGUGGUCAUAAGUCACUUUUUUCAGUACUGUUGUGACUUCGGAUGGUCAGUAAAUGAACUGUUGCAAGUCGAGGAGUAUCUGUUUUCUCUUUAAGAGAGCAAUGUUUUGCAGAAAACAUUUUGCUCCCCUCUCCUGGGAAUCCAGACUACGUUCCACCACAACUGUUCCACCAACUCCUGGAUUGUUUCAGACUGAUCUUAGUGAUUUUCUGAGCUAUCUAAAAAGGAGAGAAAUAGUCAAUUUUACCGUGUCUGGCAGUCCAGGGAUUGACCACCCAAAAAAAAAGUCUUCUCUGCCCAAAGAUCAAAGCCGGUGGAAUCGCCCAUCUCCAAUGCCUUCUCUUACUUUGGGCUGCUGCAUUGUUGGAGCGCUGCUGUACCUCACAGAUAAAAGUUGGUCUUUAACCUGUGAAGUUUGUAGAAAAACUAAGGACAAUUGUCACGGAGUAAGACAAAAUUGCUAUGCUUUCUUAGAUCAGUGUGCUACUUUCCAAUCAAUAAACCACAAAAGUGGAAAAUCUGUCACAAGAAAAGCCUGUGUCCAAGCCAACAGCUGCUAUGAAAACAUCACCAGUGUGGACCUGGGGGAAAAAGGGAUUAUCUCAUCCAAGAUGACCUGUUGUCGUGGCCUUGAAUGCAGUAGAAAUGUGCUCCCUUUUCCCGCUGUAAACACAACACCGAACGGGAAGAAAUGCAAAACCUGUUUUGCUAAAGAACUUUCCUACUGCCUUUGGGAAGACAAGAUUUCAUGCAAAGGAGAUCACACUUACUGCCUUGAUCUAGCCGGAGAAUCUGACUGGGGUGGAUAUGGCACUUUGGAAACGCAUGAUGAUGUCUUCACCUUGGUAGACUUUGCCAUGAAGGGCUGCGUCAAUCCCGCCUUCUGUGAGCAGUUUCAUGAGGGAUCUGUCUACUUUGCCACACUCUUUCUAAUGGGUGAAGGAAGCUGCAAGCCAGCCACUGAAAAAGCCACGAUUGUCACAGCAGCAUCCCACAGAGUUGGCUUCUUCUUCCAAGUGUUUGCUGGAUUCUUACUUGUGGAGAUCUAUGCUUGAUGACUUGCCUUUGGCACCUGAAUACUGCCUGAGACUUUUCUCCUGGACAGCCUCUUCAUCAGCCCUUUAGGCCUUAGGCAGGUCGUAGCCUUGACAGAAUAUGAAGAACCCAGAUCAUCUCAAUUAUAUAAGGGGUGGUUACUUUUGCAUCUUGGUGGCCUUCCAGAAGGAGCAAAGCAAGGCCCCUGAAGGCUACUAUACUGUAAAGCAUUGAUUAAGGGAAAUGGACGUUGACACAUGAUGGAUGAAGGGAGUAGGCUGCAUGGUGUAGAGCAGUAUUUUUCAAUCUUACCAAUUUUAAGAUAGGCAGAUUUCAACUUCUAGAAUUCGCCAGCCAGCAUGGCUGGCUGAGGAAUUCUGGGAGUUGAAGUCCAUCCAUCUUAAAAUGGCUAAGGUUGAGAAAUACAAGCUCAGAAAGUUAGGUAGAUACUGUGUUGGCCUGUUCUCAGAAAAUGGUGGUUCUGAAGAACGGAGGGACUUGAACAUGGUUUCAUGCUAAAGAAUGGGGCCCCGGGUGUAUGACAGAACCUGUUUCCUAGUUAUGUUGAUGGCUGUUUUUAUUAUUUUUCUUUUGGCUUGUUGUAUUCUGUGGUUUACUUGUCUAUCUUUAUGUACAUUCUACUUAUUUUAAUGUUAUGGGUUCCCUAGGUCAUAUAAGCUAUAUAAAUGAAUAAAUCUUUGGAAAAAAUCAACAUCCUCUCUGGGUCGUUGGGAGCUGGGAGAUCCUGUUUCAUCACUGCUGGAAGUGUGAGAAGUGUGUACAGGUGUGGUGACCAAGUUGAUGGGUGUCUUUUAUUGUAUAAAGAUUAAUGGUUUCCUCCAGACAUUGCUGGAGUUGGAGAGCAGCCAUCCCAACUGAGAGGAGGGAUCAAAUGAGGAAUUAGCCUGGACUCAUUACAUAAACACAAGAGGGCAAGGUGUCCCCGCCCUUGACUCUUUUUGAGCCUUAUCUAGUCUUUCCCAGGUAAAUCUGCCAGUCUGGGAAGAUUCCUGUACAAUAGGCAUAGAACAAUAAAGUAGCUAGUUUGAAAUCUACACAUGGGAGUCUUGAUAUUCAUACCUGAGACCAAGUUCUUCAUUGAGUGGUGUGAUAUGGAUGGCUGUAACAUUCUUUCGCUUGUUGGGCAAUUCUGGGAGUUGAAGUUCGUCCAGCUCCAACUAGUCAACUUUGAGAAACACUGUUUUAACAGGAUUCUGGGAAUUGAAAUCUAUAUAUCUUCAAGUAGCCAAGGUUCAGAAACACUGGUCUACAGGUAAGGAGGCUAUAAAUCCAUCAAAUAAAUAAAAUAAUUGAAAUUAAUGGGCUUUUUUUAUAUCAAAGAUUAGCUUUCAUAUAACCAUUCCAACCACACCACUUUCUCCGGGAAGAAAGCCAAAACUAAAACUAAAACAAAAUAAAAAAAUAAAGACAAAUGGGCAAUUCCAACUCAGCCUCUUGGCUUCUUUUAUUUUAUUUUACUUUUUUAAUUUCUUAGAAUUAGUUGGCAGGAAGAAUCAGAAGUUAAAAAUGUAA